GCGGGAGGGUUGCGGGAACUUUGCAUUGCAGCAAACUGGAGACCAUGUCCGGGGGCAGCAGCUGCAGCCAGACCCCAAGCCGGGCCAUCCCUGCCACUCGUCGGGUGGACCUCGGCGACGGCGUGCAGCUACCGCCCGGUGACUACAGCACCACCCCCGGCGGCACGCUCUUCAGCACCACCCCCGGAGGUACCAGGAUCAUCUACGACCGGAAAUUCUUGAUGGACUGUCGGAACUCACCUGUGACCAAAACGCCCCCAAGGGACCUGCCCACCAUUCCUGGGGUCACCAGCCCUACCAGUGAUGAGCCUUCCAUGGAAGCCAGCCAGAGCCACCUGCGCAACAGUCCAGAAGAUAAGCGGACAGGCGGUGAAGAGUCACAGUUUGAGAUGGACAUUUGAGGAACAAGCCGCCAGAUGGAAUGAUGCUUCUGGGCCCCCCAGGCCCUUCUCGGGAGAAAAGUCACACCGGCCAGGCCUUAUAAAAGUUAUUAUAGUGGGCAGUCGUCGGGUGUGGGGUCUGCCACCCUGACUCUGUUCCCUCACUCAGGGCACCUGUUCCCCUUUCCUCUUCGUGAACACCAGCACAUACCUCCUUGUGCCUCCAUUGAUACAGGAGCUGCUACCCUAAAGGGAAUGACUCUUACCCACACACUGCAGCCAAGUGCCAGAAAGGGGUCACAGAGGAGCCCUUCUGAACGAUCAUUUGGCUCUUCCGGCCCCAUCCUUGGGGGCAGACCCACCCUUUCCUUAGGUUGGGAUGCCUGGGAAAGCACCCCUCUACUUCCCCAAGAGAGGAAAUAAAAGCCACCCUCUCCCUAGGGCCAAGAAUUGGGCCCUGUCUGA